AUGGACAGGUCGCUCGCGACCUUAUUGAGGUCUCUACGGACAUCAGAGCAUCCAGACGAUGCCGCCCGAUUGCUGCCAACAGCCACUAGCCUCCUCUCGCGCCUUUCGAAUCCUCUCAAUAUAACGUUGUUGACAUCACAGCUCCUGUCGAACGAUGUGCUCUAUCUGGUGCCAACAGAAGUCGCCCGAUGUCGGCAGAUAUUCAGCGUUUUUUACACAGCAGUGCUGCGCUUGAUUGAAGAUAAACAUAGCCCAGCGCGGGAACAUACGAGGAGCCAACUCACAGUCACGGAAUGGACGAUGGCUGUUGUGCACGGGGCAAACGACAAGUCCCCUCGGUGGAGGCAUACGUUAUUGCUUGGGGCACUGCUCCUGGCUUUCCAGUCGAAGGACUUUGAAGGACUAGCUUCAGGCCUCAGGAACAAACUCGAGGGAGCGCUGGUGGUCGCGUCAAACCUGGCUCUCCAGCAGAAAGACGCUGAGCCUAAUUGCGAACUAGCUGUUGUCUUCGUCUUGAACCAUACCUUCCCAAUCCUCUCCGAUGCCCACCGGGAACAAGUCAGUUACGAUCUGCUGCUGCCGAUAUUGGUCGAUGCGACAUUCUUCUCUCGGGAGGGUCUUGAGCACGGGUAUUGGCUCGGGGUCAUCGACUACGACGUCCGGCCCUCUCCCGAGCAAAAGUUCAACUGGACGUCGAAUUCCACGUCUUUCCGCAAAGUCACUGAGAUCAAAUCAAGAAACCUGGUAUCUGCACUUGGCGCUUUGUCGCGCUUGAUCGCUCACAGCAUUGAGAACGUCCAUGACAGAUCCCUGAUCAUCUACAGCAUAAACAGAGUAGCUGAGUUUUCACGGACUCUUGCCACCUCGUGGAGACAGAACAAGUUGUCCGAAGUCGACACUAGGGAAGAAGCUCAAUGUUUGGACCAGGAAACUAUCAACAAGACCUUCCCUGUUCUCCUACAGGUUCUUAGAGACACCAUGUUCUCCGUGGUCAUCAGUCUCCGAUCUGUGCUAGGAAGGCUCCUCUGCGACAGGGUCUUGGCCUCUGAUUCGAAUUGCCCAGGCAUAGCCAUGCAAUGCCUGCACAUUUUGCGUGAUACAUACUUCAUAGCACAUCGAUUUGGCCUCACCUCAUCCUCUCAGUACGUAUUCGUCAACUUCACAGCCAUCGAUAUUCUGAGUCAAUACACGUUGCAAGCAGAGAAUUUCAUGGAAUCAAUCCGACCAGCUGAUCUUGGUCGGAUUUCUCCUCAUCCCCUCGACAGACUCCAGGAUCUCUUCUUCCUCAACACUGCCGAACAUUUCACCUUGACACUCUCUCCACAAACCAACCGAGAACUUCUCUUUAAUGCCGCAGCACCGUAUGUUGAUCCACAAGGAGAUCCGCGUUUGGGAGAGAUCUAUGAAGCUGCUCACAGUGUUAUGCUGGCCAUCCUUGCUGCUCCCCAGAAUGCAGAGCUUGCGAUGACAAUGGUUCCAUUUUACGUCGAGACACUGCUCCAAAGCUUUCCAAAGCCACUGACGCCGCGUCAGUUCCGAUUAGCGAUUAAAUCUGUUGUUCGUCUUGCAGCGCCACCGUCCGCCAUUGCGGUCUCUAUGCCCCUUACGCAGGCCGUUGUUCUCGAUCUGCUCAGAGAACGGAUGGACCACGCGUCAGAGGAUUUAGUUCCUCCCAACCCAGAUCUUCCCAUAGAGAACAGUCAACCUCUGUCUGAAAAGGCUGUCUUUCUUCUUGCAAUUAUUGAUUGUUUGAGUUUCCUGCCAAUUCCAUUAUUGGAGGAUUGGCUUCCUUUAACUGCAGAACUCUUGCACAAGGUUGGAAAUCCAAGUCAAAGAAAACAAUGUCAACAACGACUUUGGGACACGCUGAGCAAUGGCGAGAUGGAUGUUGAGCGUGCGGCAACUUGCGUUGCUUGGUGGACUUCUAGAGGAGGUCGUGAGCACGUCUUGUUCGGAGAACAGCCGGAAGACCAAGAUUACACCAUGAGUGGUGCGUUGAAGUUCGACAAUAAGCUCUGA